GCAUCAUUAUUUUAUUUUAGUUUAAAAAAUAUGUAUUUUCGGAAAGUUAAGAUGGUAGAGCAGCUCCCACUCUGGUUAUACCAAGCCACAUGAGUGAAGAAAAAGAUUGGGAAAUCACAAAAAAAAGGGGUGAAACAACUAUUUAAAGAAAACCUUGAUAUUGAAAAAGACAUUAUAAUUGAACGGGCUCAUCGAGUGGGAGCAACUAAUGAUAAACGAGAGCGAACAAUUGUCUUGAAACUCCGUGAUUACGAAGAUAAAAAAACAAUUAUGGAGAGAGCAGUUAAAUUAAAAGGAGCCAAUAUUUUUUUAAACGAAGAUUUUAGUUUCACAACUCGAAAAAUUCGAAAAGAACUUUUUGAUCAGGCGAAGAUACAUCGUCAAAAUGGAUAUUUUGCGAAAGUUGUUUACAACAAACUUAUUUAUUGUUCACGAAUUUCGAGAAAACACCCGCAACACAGAUGUUAAUCCGACAUGCGUCAACGAGUAAGCGUUUUGAGUUUUUUUUUUUAUUAUAUUGAAUAUUUUUAAAUUGAUUACUUUUUAAAAAAAAAAAAGAUGGCGUCGCUUUUUUCAGAGAAAUUAGAUUUUCAUAAUUUAAGUUUAGAUCUUUUUGAGGACAACUUUAUAAAUAAUCUGAAGAAAACAUAAAUAUUUUUUAAGAAACUCAAAUCAACUUAAUUAACACACCGUAUAUUGAUUCUUUGGAUUUCAAAGUAAAAACAGAUGAUGGUUCAUUUUCUAUAUUACACAUAAACAUUAGAAGCAUGCAGCAAAAUUUUGAUAAACUUGAAGAAUUUUUAAAUUUUGAUCCGCGAGCCACAAAUCAACGAGAAGUUUCCAUGACAAAGGAAGAGGUAGAUUCUUUGGCACAAAUAACAAAUUAUAAUUGUGGAUGUUUCGUGCUUAUGCAAUCAAAAAACGUUGUUCCUAUACCUAAUAUUUGCAAUGUUGCUCAAGAAAUCGAAGUUAAUACUUCCUUGCAUUCAUCUCCCCCUAAAACACCUCAUAAAGUUGUUACUUAUUUAGAUUGUAAGAUUAUAUAUAAAGUUUUAUCGAUGCAGUUAACUACAAAUUUUGACGAAAUUUCUGAACUAGAACACUUAACAAGAAAGCAGUCAUGUAAAAAUGAUUGGUAUAAACACCGCAAAGGCAGAGUCACUGCAUAAAAAGUUUAUAGUGUUGUUCGUAAAGUAAAUAAUGACCUAGAAAUUUUAUGUCCAAAAAAAACAACAUCCAUUAUUAUUGGCGUAUUAUGUAAGUCAAAAGUUUUUAAAACAAAAGCUACUGUCUGGAGUUUACGUCAUGAAAAAGAUGUACACGAAGCAUACUCAAAAGAAAAUUAAAAAAAUCAUAGAUUAAUGAAAGUGACUGAGCGUGGUUUAUUUUUAAAUAAAGAUUUACCAAUAGUUAGUGCAUCACCUUAUUCCCUUUUUCAUUGUGAUUGUUGUGGCACUGGAUGUGUAGAGGUUAAAUGACCUUGGACUCAUAGAGGAUUAACAAUUCCAGAACUUACCGCUAUCAAAGGCGCAUGUUUUAUAUUUGGAAAAAAUACAAUUGUACUUGAUCCUCAUCAUUCUUAUUAUAGUCAAGUGCAGUGUCAAAUGGCUUCAACAGGUUUUUUAUAUUGUGAUUUUGUUGUUGGAACUUCAAAAGACUUAUAUAGUUAUCACGUUUAUUUUUCAAUUGGUUUUUGGCAAAGUUGUGUUAAAAAAAUUGAAAAUUUUUACAAAACUAUUAUCUUGCCUUAUAUGAUAAAUGAAGUAAUCUCCAAUACUGUAGAGUCUGUUUUGAAUGAAACUUUACUUAAAGUUUGUGACAAUUAUAAAAUUGACGAUGAAUUUUUUUUUUUAAUUUCAUAACAUUUAUUAAUAAAAUAAGGUCUGUAAACUAAAAAUUUUUUUUUUUUAUUACACUUAUUUUAAUUAGUUAGACAUGAAAUAUUUUAAUGUUUUAAAAUGUCUUGUAAUUUAAAUAUUGUUAUGAUUUUUGUAAUCAACUAAAGGAGGUGCUAAAUUAGUAAUAGCUGCAAUUCUAAUAAAGAUUUUAUCAAGCAAAUUAAUUAUACUCAGCGGUAAAGGUGUUUGCAGCAAUCGGAAGUCUUUUACGUGAGCAAUUGCACGCUCUAUGUGAAUUCUUGCUCGGCUAUCAGGGCAGUUUUAGAAAUUAACUUACUGGUAAACUUCCCUUUGUUUUUAAGAAAUGGUGGUAUUACUAAUUUAACUUUCCUUGCAAUUAAAAAAUCACUGAUAUUGAAUCCUUUAUCCACCAUUACAACAUCUCCUUCAUUUAAUGUGUCGAGGUAACCUGAUAUUUCGACAAUAUAACGAUCCGAAGAUGAAACACCGUAUGUUUGAGAUAUAAAAUUAAUCACUCCGGAAGGUGCUAUGCUAAUAGCUUUUUUCCAAGUAUUUCGAUUUUUAUAACUUGAAUAUGUUUGAGCUUGUGCUUUGGCAAUACUUGGUCGCUCACAUUGACCUUCUGUGCAGCGUAGUAAAUGGAGAAAUGGAACUUUAUGUUCAUAGCGCUUGUAUAACCAAUCAUACAUUAAACUUGUUUGUAUACUGCCGUCCUAAGAAAAAACGCAGUAAUCGCAAAAAUUGAAAAAUCGAGAUUAUUGCACCAAACGUUUUAACAUCGUUUUCUGUGUAAUAACGCUCUAUAUAAAAAUAUUGUGGUAUAUUCCGAAGUCAUCAAACCCAUAGUUCAUUUUGCCGUAAGUUAAAAAAAUAUAGUGUAAUACUUAGUAAAAACGCAGCAUUAUCGCAAUACAAAUUAAAAAUGCAGUAUUUGCAACGUACGUACUGCAUUUUUUCAUAGUAUCAUUGCUUUACUGCUUUUUAACUUGGCAACACAGACAAAAACGUGGGUUAUCUAUGACGAAUACGGCGUCAUUGCAACUGCAAGCGUCAUCUGAUUAGUGUGUGCGUUGGUUGUUCGUUCGUGUUUUCGUAUUUGGUGUUUCUUUUUUUUCGGUAAAGAUUAUUUUUAUAGUGAAUUAUAUUUAGGACUAUUCAAUUUAUCGUAGAGUGUUAUAAAAAUCAUAAAAUGUUGUGUGAUAUUUGCAACACUUGGAUGUCAAGGACUCAAUAUAUGCUACAUCGUGCUUCAGACAAAUGUAAAUCUUCAUUGUUAGAUGAUUCUAGAACAGUUGUAUCUGAAGUAACUGUUGAUAAAAUGGAAGUCGUAGUGUAUGAGGCAGAAAUUAUGGAGGAUAGAGGAGAUAUUGUUUUAGAUGAGUCUGUCACAACACUUCAACCUUCAAUGGACGAAGAUGUCUUAAAGAGUAGAGUGGAUGUGGUGGAAAAUGGAGAAGAAAUUGUGUUAAAGGAAUCUGUGGAUAAACCAUUGGACGAAGCUGCAUCUCCAUCGGUCCAAUUUACUAAAAAGGGAACUAUACGAAUUCGCAGAAGUAAUUCUUUAAGUGUCAAAGAAAGAAAAGAACGUAAGAUGCAACUAUAUAAAGCAAAGUAUGCACUAAAGCCAAUUGUUGAUUGUUGCAAAAAAAAAUGCAUUAGCAAAAUAAAUGAGGGACGACGUAUUGAAAUUAACGCCCAAUAUUUAAAAUUAGGCUGGAAGGAGAGGAAGACAUUUAUCCUCAAUACAUGUGAUCGCAUGCCUGUAAAGAGGAAAAGUGUUGAAGAUGGUGCACGAAAAAACACCUGGAAAUACUUCUUCAGUAAUAAAGACUCAAUCAAGCAGUCCGUGUGCAAGAAGUUUUUCCUAACAACACUAGGAUACAAACCAAAUAAUGACCGUGCAGUAUUUGAGGUCCUUAACAAAACUCCAACUGCCGCAAUAGCCCCAUUAGCUGAUGGACGUGGCAAACAUGUUUCGGAUAGGAAGUAUAAACAUGACGAUUUAAUAGAUGCGCACAUCGAAUCAUUUGAACCAACUGUAUCUCAUUACAGGAGGGAACAUGCUCCUAUUAGAAGAUAUUUGCCAAGUGAUGUGACCAUCACCAUGAUGCACAAUGAUUUUACACACAAAUACCCAGAACAACAAAUAUCAUACGAAUAUUAUAGGUUAGCUAUAAAGAAAAAAAAUAUUUCAUUUGCAACUUUGGGCCAUGAAGAGUGUGAAUUUUGUGAAAAAUUUUGUUUACACGGUCACGAUGCAGAUAAUUUAAAUAAUGAUUGUGAUGAUUGCCAACAAUAUAUUAAUCACAAGAUAAGAUAUGAAGAAGCAAGAGAAUUAUACAAAAAGGAUGCGGAGCUCAAUGAUGGCAGCAUUUUCUCUGUAGAUUUACAGAAAGUCAUCAUGCUGCCACGUUUGGAUGCAUUUAAAAAAGUUAUAUUUACAAAGAGGAUAGUGGCUUACCACGAGAGUUUCGUUCCUCUUGGGAAGAAAGCACAUGGUGUUCCCAUGGCAUGUAUAUGGCAUGAAGGUGUAACUGGGAGGAACAAGGAGGACAUUGUUAGUACAUUUUAUGCUUUUUUUUUGAGGCAGAGGGACUCGAAAAAGAUUACACUUUGGCUCGACAAUUGUUCGAGCCAAAAUAAAAAUUGGUACCUUCUGUCUUUUUUAGUAUAUAUUGUAAAUAGUGAUGAAGUAGAUAUGGAUGAAAUACAACUAAAAUACUUUGAGCCAGGACAUACAUAUAUGAGUGCCGACAGUUUUUAUCAUCAGGUGGAGCUCUCCAUGAAGAAACAAAAAGUUUACGAUUUUCCUGAUUUUUCCAAAGCUGUACAGAAUGCUAAUAAAGGGAAGGUGGAUGUGAAAGAAAUGACAUUUUCAGAUAUAUACAUGUGGAAAGAUAACAAAUCCCAACAGAAGUUAAAGAAAUCUUCUGAAAAAAUAUAUCUGAAGAACAUUGUAGCAGUGAGAACACGCAGAGGUAAAUUUACAAUGGAAUACAAAACUUCUCAUACGGAGGAGUUUACAAAACAAUUAGACUUCCUCUGUAAGAAAUCAUCAACAAAGAAAAUAUCAAAACCUCCACAGUUGGACAAGCCUCGUGGGGUGGCUCAAGACAAAAUCGAUGAUAUUUUGUCGAAUUUAUCGAGUUUAAUGCCAGCCAGCAGGAAAAUUUUCUGGAACAAUUUAAAAAAUAUAUAA